AUGCGACUGCAUGAAAUCCCAUCAAUGAUACCCACUGUUCUUCUGCUGGCCCUCUUCAAAUAUGCAGCUUCCAGGGAAAGUUCUGUAAGCUUGCUGCUCAACAAUGAUUCCGUCGCUAAUCCUAUGUCUUCUCGGGCGACUGUGAUGGAAAGCAUCCCUCUCAUACGGCUCAUCAGAGAUCUUCUCACGAGGGAGAGGUAUGAUGUGCGUGUGCGACCUAUUCUGGAUCACACAAAACCGCUAAAGGACGAACCGGCACAGAACAUCAAGCUGAACGUAUGGAUGAUACAAAAGUGGAAGGAUGAGUAUUUAACGUGGGAUCCACGGGAAUACGGUAUGAUCAAUUCAACGAUCAUUCCAUACAAAUAUCUUUGGAUCCCCGACACAUACCUUUACAACAGUGUGAAGAUGAGUCGUGACGAGACCGAGCGCUACAUGAAUAUCCAGGUCGAAUCGCAGUAUUGGAAGGGAGAAAAUGGUUCACAAUUGUCAUUCCUCUAUCCGGCUAUAUACACAAUUACGUGUCGCCUUAAUAUCAGAUUCUUCCCCUACGAUCGUCAAAACUGCACGUUGACAAUAUCUAGCUGGACAAACUCGAUGUCAGCUUUGGAUUACUAUGCCGAUGCUGAAGUCAAUUUGGCGUCUUUCAUACCAAAUGAAGAAUGGGAUGUGAAAUCGUUUAAGAUCUUCCGACAUGAGGUAAAUCAACGAAUGUGUCGCACUGUUUUGCCACUAUCAGAAACAUCAUCGCUUAAUCCUACAUAUUUCAUUAUGUAA